GUUAUUCUCUUAAGGAGAGUGGAGCUGUGAGGGCAGAAGCAGAACAAACUCAACUAUGGCUUCCCUGUCUAACGCUUUGACUUCAAUUACUCAAUCGAGAUUGUGGUUUUCAGGUGUCAAAUCUCGAGGUUUUACAGCUCUAAAUCUCAAUGAAAGACCUGUAUUCAGGAAGAAGAUUUCUACAUCUAUUGUCUGUAAAGCAGUCACAGUGAAACCCGAAACAGAGAUCGAAGGACUCAACAUUGCCGAAAAUGUUACUCAGCUGAUUGGGAAGACACCAAUGGUAUACCUGAAUAAUAUUGUAAAGGGUUGUGCUGCAACUAUUGCUGCAAAGCUUGAGAUUAUGGAGCCAUGUUGCAGUGUCAAAGAUAGGAUAGGUUUCAGUAUGAUAGCUGACGCAGAACAGAAGGGACUUAUAACACCAGGAAAGAGUGUUUUGGUGGAAGCUACGAGUGGAAACACAGGCGUUGCUCUUGCAUUCAUUGCUGCUUCGAAGGGAUACAAACUCAUCUUAACAAUGCCUGCAUCAAUGAGCAUGGAAAGAAGAGUACUUUUCAGGGCAUUUGGAGCGGUUCUUGUUCUUACUGAUCCAGCCAAGGGAAUGAAGGGUGCAGUUCUAAAGGCUGAAGAGAUAAUGAAGAGCACACCAAAUGGUUACAUGCUUCAACAAUUUGACAAUCCUGCAAACCCAAAGGUACACUAUGAGACUACUGGUCCAGAAAUCUGGGAGGAUACAAGUGGUAAGGUGGAUAUCUUUGUUGGGGGGAUCGGGACUGGUGGAACAAUUUCUGGGGUUGGUCGGUUCCUGAAAGAGAAAAAGCCAGCUGUAAAGGUUAUUGGUGUGGAACCUUCAGAGAGUAACAUUCUUUCAGGGGGAACGCCGGGUCCUCACAAGAUCCAAGGAAUUGGAGCAGGUUUUGUGCCCAGAACUUUGGACCAAGAAGUAGUUGAUGAAAUCGUAGAGAUAUCAAGUGAUGAAGCUGUGGAAACUGCAAAGCAGUUAGCACUCCAGGAAGGCUUGUUGGUAGGGAUUUCUUCUGGAGCUGCUGCUGCUGCUGCUAUGAAAAUUGGAAAGAGACCAGAGAAUGCUGGAAAGCUUAUUACGGUUUUGUUCCCAAGUUUUGGCGAGCGAUAUCUUUCUACUGUUCUUUUCCAAUCAGUCAGAGAGGAGUGCGAGAAAAUGCAACCCGAGCCCUGAGGGUCAUUUCCAUGGAUCUAUUCAUUGUAUCAAUUAAAAUGCUGCAUUUAUGCUUUUACUUCAUUUUGUUUUGUUAUCUCCA